GUGUUUAGAAGAGAAAUGAGGAGGAUGGGUUGUCAUGGUUAUUGUGUAUUGAUAGUGGUGUUACAUGUUGUAGCCCUAGUAAGGGUUUCACCGGCCUUGCUCCAAACUGCCACCAGCGAUUUUAGCAGAGACGACUUCCCACCACCACCUCGCUUUGUUUUCGGCGCCGGAUCUUCUGCUUAUCAGGUUGAAGGAGCAGCAUUCGAGGAUGGAAGGACUCCUAGCAUCUGGGAUACCUUUGCUCACUCUGGAAGAUACGGUGACAAAAAUGGGGACAUAGCCUGUGACAUGUAUCACAAAUACAAGGAAGAUGUCCAACUCAUGGUCGAUACAGGCUUAGAAGCCUAUCGAUUCUCCAUCUCAUGGCCUAGGGUUAUACCAAAUGGAAGAGGACCUGUUAAUCCAAAGGGAGUACAUUACUAUAGCAGUCUCAUCAAUGAACUGCUUAGCCAUGGAAUUCAACCACAUGUUACACUGUUCCACUAUGAUAUCCCACAGGCACUUGAAGAUGAGUAUGGAGGAUGGGUUAGCCGAAAAAUUGUGAAAGAUUUCACAACAUUUGCAGACGUGUGCUUCAGAGAAUUUGGUGAUAGAGUUUCACAUUGGACUACUAUGAAUGAGGCAAAUGUGUUUGUCUUGGGAGGGUAUGACAAAGGUGUAUUUCCACCAGGCCGUUGUUCUUCACCGUUUGGUAGCAAUUGCGCAGGAGGCAACUCAACAACAGAGCCUUACAUUGCCACACACAAUAUCUUGCUGGCUCAUGCAUCAGCCGUGAGGUUGUACAAGGAGAAGUACCAGGCCAAGCAACAUGGACUUAUAGGUCUUGAUAUCUUAACCUACGGGUUGGUUCCUUUAACAAAUUCAACAGAGGAUGAGAAAGCAGCUGAAAGGGCCCAUGACUUCUUUCAUGGUUGGUUCCUGAACCCUUUAGUGUUCGGUGACUAUCCUGAAUCUAUGAAAAGGAAUGUUGGCUCAAGGCUCCCUUCUUUCACCCCACUCCAAUCGAAACUAGUGAAAGGCUCAUGUGACUUCUUUGGACUGAACCAUUAUAGAACAAUGUACAUCAAGGAUGAUCCCGGCAGUCUCAAUAUGAAUCAAAGAGAUUACUUGGGAGACAUGGGUGCACAGAUGUUAUCUAAGCAGGGCAUAUUACCAACUGGUGAGUUUCCUAUUGAUCCUGCUGGUCUUCAAAUUGUGUUGGAGAAUUUCAAGGAAGUUUAUGGCAACCCACCCGUCAUCAUUUAUGAAAAUGGCCAAAUGACAUUCCACAAUGCUUCGUUGGAUGCUACCUUGAAUGACACAUCAAGAGUGGAAUAUUUGGAAGCUUUCAUGGGAGGUUUGCUCCAGGCCAUGAGAAAUGAGUCAAAUGUCAAAGGGUAUUUCGUUUGGUCCUUCAUGGAUCUGUUUGAAUUAUUUGCUGGUCCCAGAUCCACCUUUGGCCUCUAUUACGUAGAUUUCGAUAACCCGGAUUUGAAGAGAUAUGCUAGGUUCUCUGCACACUGGUACUCCAGCUUUCUCAAGGGAAGAAGGAUCAACCAGUACCUAUGGCAUUAUUAAAGAACUCUGCACUCUACCCUUAUCUUAGUUU